CUCUGGCGAAUUGGAGCUGUCUGUACCAUCAUUUGGAUCUCUCCACAAAGACUUGAACACAUCAGGAUGGAGUCUUAAAUUCAUCUUGCUUACUGUCUUUUUCUUAUUAAGAACAGGUUAGGGAGAGAAACGUGUCCAAGAUGUCUGCGUCGUUCUGGGACCUGAAUUACUCGAUGUCUACAAGUCCUUCAAGGACACCACCUAUACACUUUGCCAGGUCUGAUUUCAGGUACACCAGCAGUAUGAGUUUUUAUGAUCAGUCACAAUGUAGUUCACCCAUUCAAGACAACCAUAACAACUUAGACUGGACUUCAAAUGAGCAAGUAGAAUUCACAAGAUUAAACCCCUCAAGAACAAGAGACAGUACAGGAGAGUGGCAUAUGGUUACAGCCACACGCUCGCUACUUGGCAGCGAAAGAGGAGGCCAGAGGGAAAGUCUGCAGUCUCAAGGGAACUUAUCUUACAACAGUUUGCCAAGAGCACAUUUUCUCCAGCCAAAUAGAGAAUCAAGUGCAUUUUUACCCUACACCAAGGACAUUUGGUUAGAUGCCCAAAACAUCACUGGGUCUCCCAGGAGCAGUCCUAAACUGCACCCACGUACACAACCUGGAUUCUACAGUGAUGCCACACAAUCCACAAAAAAUGCUUUAAAAGGAUCUUCAACAAGCAACAUGAAAGAAUUCAAUGCUCACACGUUGCCCCUUCCAUGCUCCAAGACUGGUCUUCUUAAACUCAGCAAGCCGCAAAAGGUUAAAACGUUUGUGGUGGAAACGCCUCCUUUGAUGAGAGCUGUAAUAGCUCAUACUUCACCAAACUCAAAUCAACCCAGCAAGAAGCAUGUCAGCAAACAGCAAAGAGAGGAUCAUCACGCCAAGAACGAGGACCAGAGUUUGUCCAAGCUACAGGAGCCCAAUAUAAAACAUUUUGGAAAUGAUCCAUUUGUGUGGAGUCGCAGUCAACCAUCGUCACCCGGUCGAUAUCAGGACUUAUUGUCUACCAAGGAUCAUCUUUCUAUUAACACCCAUCUGUUCCCUGAACGCCAGUCUGCAACGCUUAGUCAAAAUGUGCAAAAGGCGAUUCAGGAGAGAUUUAGCAUGAGUGUUGACAGUCAGGGUGACCCCAACCAGCCCAAUCCCUGCCAACCUCACGGCAGCUUAAACCUACCAGACUGCAGCCAAAAAGAAAUUUUAACACUACAUCAAGAACAUAGUGAUGUUAGAAACGGUGUAAGUCAGGUGGCCACGAAUUCAAAGAAUGUGUUUGGUCAGCCUCGAAUCAUGGCAUCACUGCGAGCGGCGUGUUCCCCGCGGUCCGUUCGCAAGAGCACAGUGCUGGAAGACUUGAAAAAACUCAUUGUGAUGGAUGACACAGAGGACGACCCUCGGGAUGAUUCAUCACCUCUUCAACAAAAAGAGGUGGAGCUUUGCGCGAGUCCUUUGUCAUCCAGUCAUGCUACCCAGUCGUACCCAGAGUCCCCAGCACUCACACCCAGCCAUCUCUCCAUGCAAACGCGUCCCACAGAAUGCUGGCCAAUGCCUGAGCAGGCGGAAACAGACAAAUGGGAAAGAGACCAAGACCAUUAUUCUGAACUCAUGCCCCUGCCAAAUACUGCCUGUCAUCUUGACUGGGAUAGUCUAGUUCAAGCAGCCCAAGCCUAUGAGACACAAAGGAUGGCAACCCUUCUGUCAGAAAUGAGUCCUCUAUCAAGCAGGCCAGCAACACCAUCCCAAGGGACUUACAAGUCCCAUCAUUCCACUGCCUAUUACACCGGAGAAGAUGCAGAUGAUGUUUUCAUUGACUUUCCCGACCAACUGUCUCACCUGGAAGCGAUGCUUAAGAGACUGAGCAGUGAUCUACUGAAGGAGAAGAGGGACAAGGUGGCUCUGCUGGCGCAAGUGCUAAAGCUUCGUAUUAGCAACCAGCAUCUGAGAGAGGAGUCCCUCUGUGCGGUUGAACAACUACACAAGAUCAGCAACAUUUUAAAUGCAACACCUGGAGGGGUUGAGUAAUCCUGAGCUGGAGGACUACAAGACUACAAAUCUGAAUAUGUAAACGUCUCUGUGAGCCAGUAACCUGUGUAGUGGACUGGGGUCGGCUACCUCCAUUUCUGCUUCCUGUACUGAAACACGCACAUUUCGGUUGUUUUGACAGCUGAACUUCCAAGCUUUCAGGCUAAAAACAAAAAAGAGAGGUUUGUAUAAUAUUACACUACAUCACAGCCUAUGAAGGAUUUGGAGAACAUAGAGUGUUUACCAGUACAGUCUUUUCUCCUGCUUGGGCAUGACAUGCCAUAGAUUGGCUAACUCUUUGGUGACUGUGGUGGAAGGUGUUCCAGGAUGGGAUCUGUUCCAAAAUAAUGUCAGCACUGUGAGUUAUAAUAUAUUUUCCCUUUUUGAGUUUGGGGACUAUUUUUGCCGUUCUUUUUGGUGAAAAUUACACUUUACAUUUAACAUUGAAUAAAUAUAAAAAGGUCUAAUGGUACCUGUAUUAUUACAGUAAAUUAGAUCAAAUGCACACCUGAGAUAUACUUUUCUGUUCAUCCGGCAGAACAUAAUAAAUCCAUUCACACAUUUCUUCUUGGAGCUCGGGGCUUGGAUUUCAACACGCCUUCUUCCUUCAGUGCGUCUGUGAGCAUGUGCUUUUCUUUCUUUCUUCAAAGGAACAAAUUGUUCUGGGGUUGAGGUCGUAUCCUCUGGAGCUUUAUUCCCUUCCUUAUUUUCUGAGGACUGACAGCCACUGCCGGCACUCUUCACCAGUAAAAUUCAGAAAAGAUAACAUGAAUCGGAGGCUCACUGUAUAACAAUUUCUCUUUGAAUUAAGAUACAGUAUGGUCCAAAAGUCUGGCAGCGAAAAAUACUCCUAUUUUGCAUUUUUCUAAUUGAAUGAACUUUUAUUACACAAAUGUUUUUAUUUUAUUGUAUUGUCAUCAAAAUAAAUUGACUAAAACAUUGAAUGGAUAUUUUUGCUUUAGCCUGCACUUGAGCUGGCAUGGACUCCAGAGGUUUAUACAAACAUGCUGAUCUGAUGAUGUUGUCUCACCCUGAUCUUUGAAUGUUCCAAGCUUGAGCAUCUUGUGUGUCUUAGUGGAACAAUAACAUCUUAGAUUUUACAAGUAGCAUAAUCACUAUCACAAAUUUGCUGUUUGCUAUAGAAAUCUUAAAAAUGCCUUGUGAUGUCAUUUCUAUUGUUUAACAUUGUUCAAAUGUUUAUAUACAGUUUAUACUUAGACUUUUGGACCCUACUUUAUAAUCAGGGAAUAAAACAUCACAAAGUUUAGCUUACUGAUUCAUUUGCAAUUCUGUAUGGCAACCUGGGAGUUUUCAAGGUGGUAGAUUCCGGGGUGACCCACACGUCCUCAAAUAAUGCUGUUGUGGUGAAAAUAUAUUGCACGGUCAGCAUUACAGCAAAGCUGUCUUGUUUGUGAUUUCACACUGUCAGUAAUGUGCACAUUUAGAUUAAAGCAGCUUUCUCUGUUCUUCUGCUAUUAUCUCAACAUUUUUAAAGCCUAAUAAUCAUUUAUUAACUUAUAUUCAUUUAGCAACGAAUCUGAAUGCAUAUCUUAUUUGUGUUAGCCUGUGAAUC